CGUGCCCAGUAUCGGGUUGCCACAACCGACCCAAAAUAGGGGCCGGAGUUGUUGCCGGGUGGUGAAUGACUCGCCGGGGCAUUCCCCAAAUAUUUCAAAUCGCACGCGUUCCCGUGCGAGUGGAAUAUUGGCAAUCCGUGAACCCACAAAUCCCCAAUAAGUGUUGUUGUUGUCGUUCUUGUUGUCGUUCUUGUUUUCGUUAUAAUUUACAUGCACGAGUUAAAGCCCUUUUGUCCAACGACUGCUGAAAGACGGCCCUCCUGACACCAUGCGGAUUGUGGGGGUUAUUUUGGCCUCCUGCACCACGCUCCCCAUUGCGGGCCGGUGAAGGCGGGGAGCAUAGACGUAACAGCAUGGUACAGUACAACAAUCGAUUCUGCUGCACUGCCCUCUGCCGGCGUCGUACUCCGUUGUCACGCUGUUGUGCAUUCAGUAGAACGUAGCCGUUAUCAGAAGUUUCCUGAACGCUUUCAUCACGGUCGACCAAAUUCCCUCAGCCAGAGCUACGCACCGUUUAAGAUGCGCGCGGAAACUAAAAAUAAACGCGUGCUGGGAUGCACGCAAAGUGGAAGCGUAGCGUCGUUGCGCAGUUGCGCCGAAGUGCAAAUGCCGAGCGUAGUUUGACCUUCAAGCGGGGCAGGCAGGCUCAUCGGAUUGGCCCGAGUCUCACCGCUCACGGCCGCCACAGCGGCGACCGCCGGCGGCCUUGGUCGGCGCCUCGUCGCCCCGAGCCGCGCCGGCAUGAAGACACCGCGCUCGCCCCACCGGCCACUCACCUACGCCUCGGAAGAGGAGCAGGAGGAGCACGCGAAGGAGGAUGCGGAACCGAAGCCGAAGAAGAGCAAGAAACGGGGGAAGGGAGGCGAAAGGCCUCCCGAGCCAGGCGAGCCGCCUAGCAAAGGUGCCAGCACCAAGAGUGGCACCAAGGGCGGCGGCACCAAGCAGAAGGUUCCGAGGCCCGAAGUGGCGGUGCCCGUAAUCGCCACUGAAGAGGAGCCCAAGAAGAAGCGCAAGAGAAAGAGAAAGACGAUCACGGACGUGCUGGCGGCCUCGGAGCCUGCAAGAGGGACACCCGAAGACCUGCGGCAAAGUCUGCUCGCCCACUUCCAAGGGAUGCUCUCUGUGGUCGAGAUGGAGGAGAUGGCCCUGUCCGAUGCAAGCUUUCUGCCCUCCAGCGACGCGACGCACACAGUGUCUUCCUACCUCAAGGAAGUCUGCCCCAAGUGGGCCAAGCUGUGGCGCAGCCACGCGGACACCAAGCGUCCACUGGCGAUCGUCGUGUGCAGCUCCGCACUCAGGGCCCUCGAUGUCAUGAGACAAGCGGCCGCUUUCAAAGGAGACUGCAGAGUGGCCAAGCUGUUCUCUAAACACAUUAAGGUGGAGGAACAGAUUGCCUUGCUCGCAAAGCAGCCGGUACACCUGGCCGCAGGCACUCCCGGACGCAUCAAAAAAAUCCUGGACCUCGAUGGCAUGACGCUGGACUCCCUCAAGUACCUUGUGCUGGACUGGAACUGGAGAGACCAGAAACUGCGUCGUCUGAUUGACAUCCCCGAGGUUAAGACGGACGUUUUGGAGCUGCUCCAGAAAUUCAUCAUUCCCACGGCGAGAAGGAGCUCGGCUAAAAUUGGCCUCUUCUAGUGGACGCAGUGGGGGUUUUUUUUUCUCUCUGCAGCGAGCGACCGUUGUGCCCGGGGCUUCGCACGCGACGUCUUCCGCGGUGGGGGGCGGGGGGGGGGGGCAAGCUCUCCGUUGGCCAGCGGACCUCGAGCGCCACGAAGCCCAUCGCAGCCUCCUCCGUCCACAAAAAUAAAUAAGCAACAAUAAAAAUCGCUGACAAAGAGCCGAGCGCCCGCGAGCAGUUCCACACAUUUCAGACGCACGUUGCAGACAGUUUAAAGGCGUGGGUGACCGUUGGUGUGGUCACGAAGUGGCCGCUUUGUUACGUGGACGUUUGUACGUCAAACGAUCAGGACUGUAAUCGAGAUGUCAGUGAUGUGUUCAUCUUUCUUGACAAGGGAGACAUUCUUCAUGAAAUAUCACGUAUAAGCGGAACUCCAUUCUAUAUCUUGACAUAAUAAAAAUAAUAAAAAAA